AUGGCUGACUCCCUCACCGAAGAGCAAGUCUCCGAAUUCAAGGAGGCCUUCUCCCUCUUUGACAAGGACGGCGAUGGUCAAAUUACGACCAAGGAGCUCGGUACCGUCAUGCGCUCUCUGGGGCAAAAUCCCUCCGAGUCGGAGCUUCAGGACAUGAUCAACGAGGUCGACGCUGACAACAACGGAACUAUUGACUUCCCUGAAUUCCUCACCAUGAUGGCUCGUAAGAUGAAAGACACCGACUCCGAAGAGGAGAUCCGGGAGGCCUUCAAGGUUUUCGACCGCGACAACAACGGCUUCAUCUCCGCCGCUGAGCUGCGCCAUGUCAUGACUUCGAUCGGCGAGAAACUUACAGACGAUGAGGUUGAUGAGAUGAUCCGCGAGGCUGACCAGGACGGCGAUGGACGCAUUGACUACAACGAAUUCGUCCAGCUCAUGAUGCAGAAGUAA